UCCGUAGAGCGCAUGCGCACGGCUAACUCUGUCUUCUUGUGUUGGGUGGUGACGGGGCGCCGGCGCUCUAUGGCUUUGCUGUUGCAGCCCGGUGAGAUUAGCGGGAGGGACACUUCCUGUGGGGGCGGCGGCUGCAUGACCGGCAGGGCAGAGAGCUGUCAAUCCUACGGGAAGAAUCAGAGGGGCGAUCUGCUGCUGAAGCCAAGACAAAUAAAAGGGGAAGUGUGCAUAUGUGUGCGUGUCCAUUCUUUGCCCGGAGAUGUCUGCUCUUUCCAAUUAUGCCUUGCGGAUGGCCCGCCUGAGUGCCCGGAUAUUUGGAGAAGUUGUCAGGCCAACAGACAAUAAGUCCAUGAAAGUAGUGAAGCUGUUCAGCGAGCAGCCCUUUGCCAAACGGAAGGAGGUCUACGAUUGGUAUCCCUCUCACAACACCUACUUCGCCCUCAUGAGGAAACUCCGCUUCUUUGGCCUCUACAGAGAUGAACAUCAAGAUUUUAAGGAAGAGAUGAGGCGGCUGAAGAAGCUCCGUGGUAAAGGAAAACCCAAGAAAGGAGAAGGAAAAAGAGCUACCAAGAAGAAAUAGUGCUAUUUUGGAACUGCAACAGACUACUUUGGAAAUGUCAGAGCAAAAGCAACCCUAUCCCUUUCUUCCCAGCCAGAGAUGGAUUUGCAUGCAGCUGAGUUUAUGGCUGCAGUGGGGAUUGGGUGUAAGCAGUCUGCCAGAUAUUAAACUCUGAAUCGAACUCUGUUUUUACUAGGCUUCUUUGAGUGCUCAGGUUUUUGGGGGAUGAUGUUUUUUUUUUCACCAGUGACUGUAUAUAUGGGAAUAAUUCAGUAUGUUCCAGUACCCAUGAUGAUGAUGGUUUUUUGUUUCAGUUGCUAUGGGAGCCCUUUUCUACCUGAGUCAGCAAUAAAAACCGAUCUACAUGUUUGGUGUUCACCUUUGCUGCUUUCA